UCUGUCCCACUCUCGCUCACUGACUGCCUCCGACUUCUAUUGGCGCCAGAAGUAGUACUUGCAUCCCACGGCGGUAAUCGCCCUUUGCGCCCGCCCUCUUGUUCGUAGUGAGAAACGAAACACGUAGGCAGCUGCAUUUUCAAUGUGGACACAACACCCAUCGACGUCGUCUACUCAUUUGGUCAGUGCAAAUACCGCUGGCCCCCCAGCGACGGCCUGGGCGCCGGCUGGGCCUUCUGGCGGCGGCGGCGGCGCCUGCUGUCGCUCCUCGCCUUCCUGGGCUUCUUCAACGUCUACUCGCUGCGCGUCAACCUCAGCGUCGCCAUCGUCGCCAUGACGGCCGAGCGCAACGUCACGCUGGCCAACGGCACCCUCUCUACGAGCCGCGAGUUCGAGUGGUCGUCGGGCACGCAGGGCCUGGUGCUGGGCGCCUUCUUCUGGGGCUACGUGGUGACGCAGAUCCCGGGCGGCUGGCUGGCGGCGCGUGUGGGCGGCGCGCGGCUGUACGGGGCGGGCAUCGCCGCCACGGCCGCCCUCACGCUGCUGACGCCGCCGCUGGCGCGACUCUCCGUCUACCUGCUGCUCGCCCUGCGCAUCAUCGAGGGACUCCUGGAGGGAGUGACGCACCCGGCCAUCAACCACGUGUGGUCUCGCUGGGCCCCUCCACACGAGAGGAGCCGGCUGGCCACGUUCGCGCUCUCCGGCAGCUACUUCGGCACGUUCGUGUCGCUGCCCGUGUCCGGCGUCAUAGCGUCCAACCUCGGCUGGGAAGCCGUCUUCUACAUCUGUGGAGCAAUUGCUGUGUUGUGGUACGUCGUAUGGUUCAUGUGUAUCGCUGAGGACCCUUUAGAAGACAAAAGAAUCACCAGUCAAGAACUUGAAUUCAUACAGUCUUGUCUUGGAGAAGACAGAAAGACGGAUAAUGUUCACAUUCCGUGGCUGAAGUUCUUGACAUCUCCGCCGGUCUGGGCCGUGUUAUUCGCUCACUUCACUGAAAACUGGGGAUUCUACACGCUGCUGACACAGCUGCCAACGUACAUGAAGGAUGUUCACCACUUCAGUCUCGAAGAAUCUGGAGGGCUUUCCGCGGUUCCAUACAUCAUUAUGGCUGCUCUCUUGCAGUUUUCUGGCCAUCUAGCAGACUUGCUUCAAAACCGAAAUAUUCUUAGCCACACGCAGGUACGGAAAAUCUUCAUAUGCGGUGCCUUCGUCAUAGAGACUGUGGCGAUGGUUCUGGCCAGCUACGCUAGUAGUAUUUCCGCCAUAAUGGCGUGCCUCACCAUCUCAGUCGCGGUUGGAGCUUUCUCGUGGGCUGGCAUUUGUGUAAACCAUCUGGAUAUGGCGCCGCAGUACGCUGGAGUCUUAAUGGGCCUCUCACAGACAGUUGCUACUAUACCGGGAAUGGUGAGCCCUCCCCUCACAGGCUUCAUUGUCAAAAAUAAGGAUCCAGAGGAGUGGCGGACGGUGUUCUUCAUUACAAGUGGUGUCUACCUGUUGGGAACACUGGUUUACGGUGUCUUUGGUUCCGCAGAGAGACAAUCUUGGGCUAGAGGUGCAGCCAAGAAAGAAGAAAUGGCGUUUGACAACAAGGCCGUAGAAACCGAAACUACAAGUUCUUUAUAAAACUGCACUAUGAAGUCCAUUGUUUCGUAUUAACCUUUAGUUGUAUCUUCAAGUUGUUUUCAUAGAUAUUUUCUACAAAUCGUUACAUAAAAUCCUUAGUUAAUUA